GAGCCAUGUGGAAGGAGCUGUGAAUACGAGUCGCGUUAACUUCGCAAAUGAAAGUGCUGUUUAGAACAUUUUACGGUCAAAAUGAAUGUAAUUUUCAUUGACAGCAAGAAAAUAGUGUAGCUUUGAUUAAUGUUAUUAGUGUCGACUUAAUUAAUCUGCUCUACAUUUCGCUGAAUAAUGGGGAAAUCAAAGACCAAGAACCAGAAGAAAUCCCGAGCAACAGCAAACCAUGUGGCCGAGGAGACCUACGGAGCUAUGCCCCACUCCUUCGUGUUUCAUCGGGGUCAAGUCGGCAAAAACGUGGGUCAGCUCAUCCUGGACGUGCGGAGAGUCAUGGAGCCAUACACUGCAGAGUCUCUGAAGGUCAGGAAAAAAAACGUGUUGAAAGACUUUGUGGCUAUCGCGGGACCGCUGGGAGUGACGCACUUCAUGAUCUUCAGCAAGACUCCCACCGCUGUCAACAUGAGGCUUGCUCGACUUCCCAAAGGUCCUAUGCUUUAUUUUAGGGUACUCAAGUACUCUCUUGUCAAAGAUGUGGUUUCAUCUCUGAAGAAGCACAGAAUGCACGAGCAGCAGUUCACACAUCAUCCACUACUCAUCCUUAAUAACUUUGGAUCUGAUGGCAUGCACAUUAAACUCAUGGCCACCAUGUUUCAGAACAUGUUUCCUUCCAUUAAUGUGCACAAGGUAAGCCUCAACAAUAUCAAGAGAUGUGUGCUGCUGAAUUACAACCCAUCAACGCAGGAAAUUGAAUUUCGACAUUACAGCCUGAAGGUCGUCCCCGUGGGAAUGAGCCGCGGAGUCAAGAAGCUGAUGCAGGAGAAGUUCCCCAACAUGAGCAAGUUUGAGGAUAUCAGCGAACUGAUGAUUAAGGGGGCGAACCUUUCAGAAAGUGAAGCAGAGCAAGACGGGGAGCACAACAUAACCGAACUACCACAGGUCUACUCUGGCCGAGGCAACAUGGCGUCCCAGCAGAGUGCCGUCCGCUUAACCGAGAUCGGUCCUCGCAUGACUCUGCAGCUGACGAAGAUACAAGAAGGCAUGGGAGACGGGAACGUCAUUUAUCACUCCAUGAUCUCCAAAACCGAGGAGGAAAUACAGGAGAUCCUAAACAGGAAGGAGGCCCAGCUGAAAGAGAAGGAGGUUCGCAGGAAAAAGCAGGAGCAGAACGUUGCUCAGAAGAAAGAGAAACAAGAGGAGAACAAGAAAAAGAGCCUGGAAGGCAUUAAGAGGAAACGCGCUGAAGCCGAGGCUGAGGAGGACAGCGAGGUGGAGGAUCCCGGGAUGCAGGACGAUCAGGCAGCUGCUGUCGAAUCUGAGGACGAGGUGGAGUACUACAGACAGGCUGUCGGAGAGGAGCCAGAUGAAGACAUGUUUCCCAGUGCCAAGAAGAGGCAUGCCUCAGAGAGGAAUCACGGACCUGCCAAGAAGAGGAAGCCGUCACCUGGUAAAUCAUUUAGAAAAGACAAAGAUGCUAAGUCGCCCAAGAGAAACGCUCCGGGAGGAAAAGGAUGGAAGAAAUCAACGGACGGGGAGAGAUCAUUUGGAAAGAAAAUGAAGCCAGGAGGAAAGUUGUACGGAGCAAAUAAACCUGGAGACAGGGACAAGAAAUUUGGUGGGAAGAAGAAAUUCGAAGGGAACAAAACGUUUGGUGGAAAGAAAAAUAAGGACAAAUCUUUCAAAUCUAAAGGUCCAAAAGGCAAACCAGCCUACAAGAAGAAAGCUGCAGGAGCGAAGCAAAGCUUCAAACAGAGGAAGGGAAAAGGCUGAAUGAUCCUCUUCUUCUUUGUGGACUUGGACAUUGAAUGUGUUGUCGAUCCUCCAGUAGGUGGCAGCGAAGCUCCAGUUGCCAUCGGUUUGAUUAUGAGACUGUUUAUUGCUGAAAAUCAGCAGAGGAGAACUUUAAGUGUUAUAUUUUCACACCGUGUGAGUUUAUAUUAAAAAUGAACUUGCUCAAUAAAGUGUUUAAAAAAUG